UUUCCCUUUGCGAGCUUAUUAUUAAUUGAAUUUUCUGUCGUCUGAAUAAAUGGGUCGCUGUCUUGAUCUCUCCUCGAAGUUAAACGGAAUCUGGGCCUGGGUCGUUGCCCGUUGCGCUGCCUUUUCCCACCGUUUCCGUUGAGCUGUUGAUGAAUCGAGUUCGGGUGCGGAAGUGAUAUCUUCAGAACUCGUCGUUCAAGAGUUCGUGGGGAAAAGCCCAGCAAAAUUUUUAAAAAUGGGGUUUUUGGGAUUUCGACCGGGUCCUGUAUGGAGAAGCAAACCAAAUUUCCAGUUCUCGACUACCUUGGUUUUUUCGUAUCUUGAGUUGACGUCGGCAUCCCUUUAUGAAGUGGCAGCGUGGCUGUGGUUGUUGUUUCUGUGCUCUCGAGGAAAUAAGAUUGUAAAUGGUGGCUGUUACAGGCUCUAGCCAUGUUAGAACACGAAGGGUUUUUUUCUUUUUCUCUUUUUGAUUUAUCGUUGGUCUGGUCGUAGCUCCAUGGCUAGGUAUCUGUUACCUUUUCGGUUCGUCAGUUCGUUUCCUCGCCAGAGUGCUUCCUCUGUCCGGCAUGUGUUUGGCAAUUUAGACCUGAAGGCGACGAAAUCCUUAUCUUUGUAAAGAUUGCCAGGGUAACUUUCAAUAUGAUAUAAAUGAGCCCCAUCCAAACGGCUGUUGUUCUGGGCACCUUCAAAAAUGUCUUGCAGAAUUGCCCAAAUCCAUAAGGUGAGCUCUCAUUCUGAAGUCUAUGAGCCAUGUGACGAUUCAUUUGCUUUAGUCGACGCAUUGCUAGCUGACCGCACUAAUCUGUUGGAGCACAAACCAACUCUCUGCCUUGAAUUGGGGUGCGGUAGUGGAUAUGUCAUCACUUCUCUGGCGCUUAUGCUUGGAGAAUUGCCUGGAGUACACUAUAUCGCUACGGACGUCAAUCUUCAUGCAGUGAGAGUUACCCGUGAAACAUUGCAAGCACACAAUGUUCAUGCAGAUGUGAUAGCUACUGAUCUUGCAUCAGGAUUGGACAGCCGUCUAGCCGGUUUGGUUGAUGUAAUUGUUGUGAACCCGCCUUAUGUUCCAACUCCUGAUGACGAAGUUGGGCAGGAGGGCAUUACCUCUGCAUGGGCAGGGGGUGUUGAUGGCCGAGCUGUUAUCGACAGAAUAUUGCCGGUUGUAGAUAAACUUUUGUCGGAUAGAGGUUGGUUUUAUAUGGUCACUCUCACCAGCAACAAUCCAUUGCAGAUUUGCCGCCAAAUGAAAGCGGGAGGCUAUGCCUCUAGGAUAGUGGUUCAGAGAUCAACAGAAGAGGAAAGUCUUCACAUCAUCAAGUUCUGGCGAGAUUCAGGCGAUCCAAUGUGUAAAAAGGAAACGGCGACGUUGAAGAAGACAUCCAGUGGUAAGGUCAUGGAUUCCGUACUCUCUCAAAUUCAUCGAUUGCCAUUCUGGAAAAAAGUCGAAAGCAAUGACUGACUCGACAUUCUGUAUGAUGGAGUCCUCUCAAUUUAUACUGUGUUAUGUAUAAAAUCGUGUUGAGGCAACUAACACAUUGUUUAAUAGUUGAAAAUUAGGCUUCGAAUUCCCUUUUUUAUCUGAGGAUCUUUGAAAUAAUAGCUUGGGUUUUAUUGGAAAAUCUCUUUUGUUCCUCUCUUUGUCUAGACUUUGCUACCCUUUUCUUUGUUUGAUUUUGUUGUGAAAAUUAAUCUAAUUACCUGGCUGUUUAUGAUCA